AUCUAGAUUGCGGUGGAGCAGGGAGAGACUGGGACGCUGAGAGAGGAAAGAAAGAAGUCCAAGCUAGAUCUCAUUUUAAGGAUCUUAACCAAAACAAAGACGCACCAGAAUUACGCGCGCUCUCCAGUUUGGAUGCCUCUGCUUCAGCGCGGACUUUUAUUGCCUCUUUGGAAAUGUAGUUUUUUUUCUUGAGGAAAUCUCAAGAAGGCAUUUGUUCUUACUAGUUGAUGAGAGAAGUGAGAGCCGUUGAGGCUCCGUUUCCUGUUUGCCUUCGCUCUGCAGCUGGGCUGAAGAAGCCCCGCAGGGCUGACUGAACACCGGUCCCCCUUCCCCGCAUCAAACCACCGCCAGUCCGCUGCAAAACUCGGCCGAAAAGAAAUGUGCGACCUGAUGCCAGCCUCCCAGCCCGCGGAGAAAAUCGGCAAGAUGAAGAAGUUGAGGAGAACUUUGUCCGAGAGUUUCAGGAGUAUUGCUUUCAAGAAAGAGGACAGCGGCUUUGAUGAGAUAUGUGUCACAAAGAUGUCCACACGCAGCUGCCAGGGAACAGACUCGGUCAUCAAGCCCCUGGACACCAUCCCUGAAGACAAGAAGGUGAGAGUGCAGCGCACGCAGAGCGGCUUCGACCCGUUCGAGAAGCCCGCCAGCCAGGUGAAGAGGGUCCACUCUGAGAACAAUGCCUGCAUCAAUGCCAAGAGCUCGUCCGCCAGCAAGGAGUCGCCCAAACUGCGGCGACACUCCAGCCCCAGUUCUCCUACAAGCCCCAAGUUUGGAAAAGCAGAUUCCUAUGAAAAGCUGGAGAAACUGGGAGAGGGUUCAUAUGCUACAGUUUACAAAGGAAAGAGCAAGGUGAAUGGGAAGCUGGUGGCUCUGAAGGUGAUUCGUCUGCAAGAGGAGGAAGGAACGCCCUUCACAGCCAUAAGAGAAGCAUCUCUUCUGAAAGGCCUGAAGCAUGCCAACAUCGUGCUCCUCCAUGACAUCAUCCACACCAAGGAAACCCUGACUCUGGUCUUCGAAUAUGUGCACACAGACCUGUGUCAGUACAUGGACAAACACCCUGGGGGUCUCCAUCCAGACAAUGUGAAGCUUUUCCUGUUCCAGCUGCUGAGAGGCCUGUCCUACAUCCACCAGAGGUACAUCCUUCACCGCGACCUGAAACCGCAAAACCUGCUCAUCAGCGACACUGGAGAGCUCAAACUCGCUGACUUUGGCCUGGCCAGGGCCAAGUCGGUCCCCAGCCAUACCUACUCCAACGAGGUGGUGACCCUGUGGUACCGGCCUCCAGAUGUCCUGCUGGGAUCCACAGACUACUCCACCUGCCUGGACAUGUGGGGGGUGGGCUGCAUUUUCAUUGAGAUGAUCCAAGGAGUGGCUGCCUUUCCUGGGAUGAAGGACAUCCAGGACCAGCUGGAGAGGAUAUUCCUGGUCAUCGGCACCCCAUCUGAGGAUACUUGGCCUGGAGUUAACUCUUUGCCUCACUUCAAACCAGACCGCUUUACAGUGUACAGUGCGAAGAAGCUCAGACAAGCGUGGAAUAAGUUGGGCUAUGUGGACCAUGCAGAGGAGUUGGCCUCCAGGUUCCUCCAGUGCUUCCCAAAGAACCGGCUGUCAGCCCAGGCAGCUCUGAACCACGAAUACUUCAGCAACCUUCCUCCACGGCUCUGUGAGCUGCAGGACAUGUCUUCUAUCUUCACCGUACCAAAUGUCAAGCUGCAGACAGAGAGCGGGGACAGCAUACAGGUGUGUGCACGAAGGAACAGUCAUGGAAAGGCAUCCUCUGGCAGCAAACACUGACCUGAGGCAGCAUCCUGCACAUGACUGCCUGACAGGUGGCUGUUCUGUAAAAAAAAAAAAAAACAAGAUGAAGACAAGAUGCUGAGAUGGAGGAUCCAGACGAAUGAAAGAGCCCCAGUUCUCUUUAUUUAUUACCUUCACAAUAUGUGCGCGUGUGCGUGUGUGUGUGUACAUGAGAAAGAGAGUGAGCAUUGAGUAUAGUUAUGAAUGCAUGUGUGCAUUAUGAAAGGUACCUAAGAUUUCAGGCUAUCAUUUGUUUACUUUUUAUAAUGUUCCAAUAACUCAUAUAUCAUUGUCACAGUAUAAACAAAAGGACUUUACUAUUGGUACAUAUUGUGUUUUGUGUUUGUAACUAGCCUCCUAUUUAAGAAUGUAUAUUUGUAUGUAUGAUAUACUCAUCUAGAAACUAUAUAAUGGACAGUUUUAAUAUUGUUUCGUCUUCUCACCACCACACUGCUCUUGCAAAGACACAUAACUCAACAAACACAUACUGGAGCCAUGCAUACAAGCAAAUCUGUAUCUAUAAAACAAAAACAAUGCUCUCAGUUCAGAAGGAAAAAAUUGUCCUAAAGACUUUCAUUUCUUUUUAACCAGGUUCAACUAUAAUUUGUGGAACCGCAGACAACAAUAAUAUCAAAAGUGGAAGCAGGGCUCCAGACUAACUUUUUUCACCUCCGUCCCUGAACCGUCCUGAAAAACAAUUUGAAUCGUCCUGAAGUUAAUGUAAGUUAACUGUCGGGACACCUUUUUACCUCGAUGAUAAAUUAUUUAAUUUCAAUUCAGUUAUAAACUCCUGGACAUUGUUUCAGCAAGUUUUCUGCUCAUGUUCAAAGCAUUCUGCAUAUUCAGAAUCUCACAUAUCUUUGUUCUCUUAAAUGUAAAAGAAAAUCGUAAUAAUGACUAACAUCAUUAUUUAAUGAGAAUUCACAAUAUUUUUAAAAGGUCUACCUGACCUAUACUCUGCUCCCCUUCAGACUCUACUGAAUGAAACAAGUGCACUGCACUUCGUCGGAGGUAAAAAACAAAACUAACACUGCCAAUCACGCAGACAUCUCAGCGCAAAUCCUCAUAUUGACUUCUGCCGCUCACAGUCCCAAACAGAGCCAGAUUGUGCUUCAGGUUAUAGAUGUUUAAUGCAAAACUCUACCCGCAAGUCUGCUAGUCGAUGUUUUCACAAUAUAGAUUUGUUUUUCACUGCGUGAGAAGAUUGGUGUGUAGCGCUUAACGCUAGCCUACACUGUGCAAUUGAGAGAUCAGCAAGCUGUUUGUCACUGAGAGAAUCAAUGGACCUGUACCGCGGGAACAGGUGAGCAGCCAGCCUCCUGUGUGAAUCCGGCAUGACUUUCGUAACAGCAUGAGAAGACGGCCUCCGUUGUAGUCAGCACUCGGUCGGUUUAGUUUAUCAUUUGCUAAGUGAUCGUAAUAAAUAAACACACACACACACACGAUCCCUUUCGUCCUAGAGGCGUCCUACAGAAUAUUUGUCUUUGUCCCAAACACAUUUUCAUCCCCAGGAUGACAGGACGCAGUUAGUCUCAAGCCAUGGCUUUCAGGUGCUGUAACACAUCCUCUGGUAGCCAUAUUGGAGGUCCGUGGUUCUUUGACAGCUACUUUUAUGUUAAAUGUACAACUCUCCUGACUCUGCAGUUAAGACGUGGUUAACUUGCAUCUAUUUUAAAGGUUGAAAUUAUUAUUUAAUUAAUGGUACAUGUAGCUGAUUUUGUGCUAUCAUAAUGUAAACUUGUUAGCUGACUAACUGUGGUAACUCACCAUUUUGGUCUGAUUUAAACACUAAAGCGCACAUAUAGUAGGAAGUAGGAAACAGGAGGUGAGCAGUUGUAUUUCUCUCCUCAUUUGCCGGCCUGGGUGGGUUAAGGUUGCACAUUUCCACAUGUUCAAAGGGCAUGCAUUUUUCAGAGCCUUAUUUUUAUAGUUUUUGGCUAUCAUUUAUCAGAAUUUUUCACUCACAAAUAGCAUUGCUGAGAUCUUCAUUGUAAAACCGUGUGCAUUAAUUACUAAUAGAUAAAAGUUGAGGCAAGUUAAGGCUGGUACGUACUAAAGAGAUAAAAUAUUUUGGCACAUGCACAGAGCGCCAUCAUAAUACAUCCAUAAGCUAAUAAUGCUCACAUUUGCCUUUGUUUUUUUCUUCAAAAUAAUUUAGUUUAGACUGUUAUAAUAUUUGCAAUGUAAUAGAGUAUUAUAGCGGACUCAAUAUUUGCAUUGCGAAAUAAAAUUUUGCGAGUAAACUGUUAUCAUAACCCUUAAGAAUGAUGGCCAAAACUGCAAAAGUAAGACCCUGGUUGUAGAAUACUUGUAAUAAGGAUUCUUAAUGUUUCCAAUGGACCUCCAUGUAACCAGACCUGCCUGAUAUGAGUUUUGUGUUGCAGCUGAAAUGCCGCUCUAACAUAAAAAAUAUCUGCUGAUGAUGAGAUGUUGACGGUGCACACGUAACAUAACACAUAACAACAGGGAGAGCACGAACCAGUGUGUGUUAGAAUAUACAGUACGCAAUACCGUAAUUGACAAAAACUGUAAGUGUGUGUGUCUGAUAGAGAUUUGUAUGUGUGCUAGUGUGCAUGAGUGUAUAAAAACAUGGGCAAUAGCUAAGCAUUGGUGCUUCCAUCCUUGCAUAUGAGCUAAUGUACAAAAAAAGGUAGAACACCAAUAGGCUGUGUGGCUUAUUGUUUGAUCUGGCCCACGACAAUCCUCCCUUUCACUUUAUCUAAUAUUAUCAAAGGAUCGGCAAUAUUCUGUUUGUUCAGUUCAUGAGUCAAAUGUGAAGACUUAUUUGGAGCUUUCCUUAUCAGACAAAUUAAGCAAGUGAAUGGAGUGAGUCCUUUGCGGUGUGUGAUAGUGUGUGUGCAGUAUGUGAAAUGUAGGUGCUCAUGAUCUAUGAGUCCCUUCACCACCAACUUGUGCUCUCAUGCAUGGACGUCCCCCAUUUGUGUGCCCCUCAACAUGUUCUAAAUGUUUUGGAACUUUUUAUGACACCGUGACAAAGGUCAGCUGUAUAACAGUAUCAUCUGCAAAGAUGUUGAUACUGCAUUUUGCUCUUUCUUUUGAUGUUUUGUGUGAAAUUAUCUGAAUAUUAUUACAGUUUAGACGUUUGGUGACAAUUGUGAAGUACUAUCAAUACAAUGGCUUCCUCUUAGAUUUCAAUCGGUUUGAAAUCAACUGAAACAAUAAUAUUGGCCCUGCACUGUUGAUUAACCGAAGAGAUGAGGCUGCAAAUGUGACAUCAUGAAGAAUUGGAAACUGUGGAUAUUUAUCAUGUCUGCCUCUUAAACACACACACACACUCGCACUCAUAUUUACAAUAUAGAUGUCUUGCCUGCUAGGAUAAACUUCCCACACCCAUCUAGUCCUAUCAGCUACAGUACAGUAUAAACCUGCAGCCCCUCCAUGUCCCCCUCCAGAUGGUCUGUCACAUUUAAGAAUAGGGUUUUUAACCUGCAAAGAGUUUGUGGGAAGCAGUGUUUUUUGUUGUAAUUUUUUUUUUGGGGGGGGGGGGGGGUUGUUUUGGAUUUUUUCAUGUCUAUCUUAAUGCAACACUCACACAUUGUAAUCAUUCCUCUUCUCCAUUAAGACCAUGAAGUGAUACUUUCAUAGAGUGACUACAGUGUAAGAAAUGGUUCAGCGCCAAAAUGUAUUCCAAAAUUCGGCUAUAAUAUGACGCUUCAGCAGUCUUGAAUUAGCAGAAUCAAGUUGUUACCUUAGUUGGGCCGGCCGCGUUUACGUUUAUUGAUAGAUAUUUUUCUAAAGAGAAGGUGGACCAAACCAGAGCCUAAAUGACAAGCAAUAUUGGCCUUCUAUUUAUCAGAUGGCUGGGAUGGGCCAUGUUGUUCUGUUGCUGGAGAUGUAAGCCGAUAGUCGCUUGCUAACCUGUUAGCCAUAAAAACAUAUGUUGAUCAGAGGUCCGCGAUGAGAUGUUCUUUGUGGUUUUUCUGUCGUCUAGUGGUCAAAAAACACCUAAUUAGCCUUUAGUUACACUUGUUACUUGUUAAUAAGUCAAAAUGGUGCAAAAAGGUACGUCAAAUGUAUCAACAAAAACAAAAUGUGACCAAGUGCAAUAGAAAAAGACAAAUAAAUCAUGCCGUGCUGAAGCUUUAGCUCCACUGCAGAGACAAAAGAUGCCAGCAGACAAGAACAUCAGAGCUGUGUGGAGUGAUGAAGAAACAAACAUACAUUUCCAUCACGUUUUACACAUGAUGUUGUUAGUUUGAGGUUGACAUUAAUUAAUGGUAUUAGACUGGAGAAUUAGUGCCAAUUGUUUAUUUUGAUACUUGCAACUCCUAAACUUUACAUAACAGUAGUGGCUGGAAAUGCACGUUAAUUUAAACUUUCUUGUGUGGAUUUUCUGGAAAUCAGGUUCAAAGUUGUGCUACAUUUGGAUGGAAAUAUUAGUUUUGACUGAACUUUUGCAAAGAACAAGGGAUGUGAAUUUUGUUUUCCUUAUUUGUGUAGUCACUUGACGAGGGAAUCACUGCACAACCAGUGUAGUGAGGAGGGAUGAUUACAGCAAUCCAUAACUCUUUCAACAUACAUGUGAGUACUGAAUUAAGGUGGACUUGAAAAUAUAUGAAUCUGUCCUUUUAAAGGAAGAAAAGCAAGUAAGAGAAUGAAUUGGAGCCUUAAAGCGCUUAGACAUUUUACCGUGACAGUCCAGCUUCUUCGACCAUAGAGGGUAGUAGAGGCAAAGUAAAUAAUUAUGGGCUAGACUCUCCCCAGUAGCGUUUUGAAAAUGCACUUUAAAGAAAAGUCAGUUUGCCCCACAUUCCAGCCUGUAUGGUCACAUUUAUGCACUUGCUUUGCCCUAAUGAUAUAUAUAUAUAUAUCUAUAUAUAUAUAUAUAUAUAUAUAUAUAUAUAUAUAUAUAUAUAUAUCUAUCUCCUUGCUUUGCCUGACGGAAAGCAAACUACCCAUCCUUACAAAUGUAAAUCUCGUCCCUCAUUUUGAAUCUUUACCACAGAUUGAGGAGAGCUCGUGGAAAUGCUGUACUUGAAGUUAUCUUGCGGCUUUUCAGUGUCAUCCCCGGGCUGUGAUUGUGCAGCGGAAAAAAGGGGAGGAGAGGGGGUGGGUAAUGCCAGUAAAGCGGCGUGACAGAAGAGGGUUAAUACCAUCGAGCUGUGCUAAGAUAGCCCAGCCUCAUGUGGCUUUAAGGGAUUGCAGGCAGUAUUAGCAGCUGAAUAAUUAUUUUGGGAUGUUUCUCCUUGUGCACACUUUUGGUGUGGCACACAUUGCUUCCUUUCCCCCUUAACGCUCUUACUUCUGUGGAGCUUUGGCAGCCUGCAGUCUUGUACAAAAUCUUAUAUUUUUGAGUCCUGUGUGGGCAGAGUUCCUGAGAGCACUCUGUUCAAACUUGAAUGUUCUUCAAUAUAUCUCAAUAAAGUCCAGACAAGGAAAGACUAGGUGGUAUUGCACAUUUAGCACUGUGACAAGAAAAAUUAGAAAUAAUAUCAAUAGAAAUGUCAAAGGUGGAAAUUGAUAAGGCGCUGACACACCUAUGAAAUGAAACAUUGAUGCUUCUACUAGUUUGUAUACAGGGUUGCAAAUGUCCCCUUAAAUGCUUUCAAAGAGAUAUCAUAUAUGAUUAUACAUAUAUUAUGAAUAUAAAUAUAAGGCAUCUAUUUUUUUUGGCAUUUAUCGUGUGGACAGAAGUGGUAUUGGUAGGAAAUACAUAUAGGUUGGAUUUAACGUGCAUCCUUGCUGUGCUGAACAAUGAUUCUGUGUUUGCAACUUUUUUCAAUAAAGCUUCUCUUGCAUUUUUUGUUUUCUUUUUGUAUGCUGCACUGAAAAUACAUCAUUUUCACAAGUGAUUUGGAAAAACAGAAGUGUCGUCAAACACUUUAUUAAGUGAAACAAUAUAGUAUACAGUAGAAUAGCUGUUGCAUUAUUUGUUACGACCUGUAUGUAAUGUUAUUAUGGAAGAUGUAAUGUCCUUCUGUAAAUGUUGUUUAAUGUUUUACCUGAAAUAAAAUUUAUUAAUGCUUCAGA